UUCUUUCUUCGCAAAUCGCAAAUUCUUGCUGCUGUCGGUCUCGUUGGCGGAGUAGUCGCCUCCUGCUUCGUUCAGCCUUAUGUAGAGGUUUUCAUUCGAUGGCAUCACACUCAAAUGAAAUUUGGGAAGGAGAUGAAACCAUGCGAACGUGUUAAUCGCAUUGCUGACUCGGUGUUUGCAAAACUCCAAGUGCCAGAGACACUUCGCAAUAAGGUGGACUUCUUUUUUACGAAGAAUGGCGAAGCCGUGGCGCUUGGUAGCUUGAACGAUGGAGCCUUCAAGGAUUUCAAUGAUUAUGCUUUUAUUGGUCUGCCCUACUUUUGUGCUUAUGAGGAUCCCCUUGAUAUUCCGAUUGAAGAAAUGAAUUUCUCCUCGCCCUUAUUUCCCUACACGGCCUUCUCAGUCCAGGGUAGGCAUCGCCUCCAGUUGAUGUGUCUCUCAGAUGCGGCGUUGGAAUUUCUCAUCGCCCGGGAAGUGUGUAUUCUCUUAGGCUCUAGGAAGCUGACGGAGUGUAAAUCUAGUGGGGUGGAGUUAGCCUCACACUUUCUUCCGCCGCGUCUUGCAUCACGUGUUUCCUGUCUCUCCCUCGUAGUCAGUCUCUACCUCGCCUACCAGGUGUGUUACGUGCUUAACCGUCUCCUCUGUUUACCCAAUACUUGUGUGCGGCCACUUUGUCUCCUCGGAUACACUGGCAUUACCGCUCUCAUGUUGCUCUGUCAACGCCAACUUAUCGUUUCAUGGCGUCAUAAUGCCUCUCUGGCUCUUGACGCAGCUGUUGCCAGCGUUGACCAUGAACUUCUUGUCGGAGGUAUUGAGUACUACGAGUGGAAGCGCAGUUGGAACGCCUUUUGGAUGCGGCUGCUUCCCUCCUCCCGCAGAGCUAUGGAGGUGCUGAGAAAUGUCACCAGAGUUGCUCUUACCACCGAUCUCUCCCCAUGUCUGAGGUACCAGGUGCAACGAGGCCUCAAGGAUCCUACAAUCCUUUAUCGCGAUCCUGCAACCUAUUACUUCAUACCGGUGUCAAUCGACCAGUUAGACAAUGAUUCGCAGCAAUCCGACCUCCGAUUGGACGACUGCAAUCCUGCCUACCUCUCCGCCUACCAUCUACCCGGCUACGACCCUAAUACACUGCAGGGCGAUGAGAAGUUCGCCUCGGACGGCGAAACUCUCCUCUUCAAUAUGGCCGGUCUUCUUGCUUUUGGUGUGGUACCGGCGUGGCUAGCAUCGGUCUUCCAACUGCUCUCCUUUCCUGCUACAUGUACAAAGCGCAAGGCAGCUCUUGAGGCCAUGUUGUGA